GUGCCAUAAAGAAAUCGCAUUUAAAUCCUGGCAUUUUUAUGACACAAAACGUACAAAACAUGCAUGAAUUAUGAAAUCACACGUGAAACGAAAAACACACGAUGUCACGAAAAAAUUAUAUUAUCGUAAACCAAAAAUUAUAAAUUUGUUCGUAAUAAAUGCAGUGAUCAUUAUUUAAGUAUUUGCACCGCAUAAACAAGGAAUUAUAUAAAAUCAUAGCCAAUUCAUUCUUUUUUAUAAUUACUCCACUCACUUCCAUAUUUCUCCCUUACUUUCAUUAACCGCCAACUUCAAGGCUGCGCCUAAUUAUUAACAUUCUUUUAAACUAUAGUACCGUAACAAAUAGAUAACGGUACUCAAGAAUCUAAUAACUUCCAUCAACUUCCGCAAAUUCUCUCCAUGACGAAGCGACUACUAAUUAUUGCACUUUUUGGUUUACUGCUAGCUUUGGCUUGUGUACUUGGCCAAGCUACAGCACAAGAAGCAACAGAUGAUGCUCAAGCAGCAAAGGAUGGCGAAACAAAAGCCAAAGAAGCCGCUCCAAAGCUGCCUGUUGAAGAAACCCCUGUUAAAGCUCCAGUAAAAGAAAUUAAUUUACCAAAAGAAGUCGCCAAGGGUAAAACCAAAUCAUCUAAUGUUGGUAAAGGUAAAGCAAAAGGAAAAGGAAAAAAAAGUCCUCCAACACCUCCAAAUGGCCAAACAGAAACUCCAACUGUAGCACCAGAUAAUUCAACUGUGCCAGUACCAACCAAUCCAGCCGCUCCGGCUAAUUCGACUGAACCAAUUGUUCCAAAUGCUAAAGAUCCAAAGGCAAAAGCAAAAGCACCAAAAGUUCCAAUAGGAAAAACUGUGCAAUCACCAACUCCGGUAGGAAAACAAACUACACCAACUCAGUCUAAAUAUCAACCCCCUACUCCACCUGCCCCACCUGCCCCACCUGCCCCACCUGCUCCACCUGCUGCUCUUCCUAGCACUGCUCCAAUUCCCGAUAACGCUCAAUCACCUCCUCCUAACGUCCCGGCUCCCGAAACUCCCGAAAAUUCUGAUUCUGAAUCUCCACAAACCGUUAAAAUUGUAAAAGAACAAAACCCACAGACUACUACUGUUGUAACAGUUAUUAAAAAGCAAGAUCAGGCUAUAGAACAAAAUGAUACUUCUGCUGCCCGAAGGAAUGAAAAUUCUAUCCAAUUAGGAAUUUCUCUUAUAUUUGUAGUUCUUGGAGCUAACUUUAUAGCCUAAAGGAGGGAAAUUGUUCUUGACUUCAUGUUAAUUUCAUACAUUUUAUUCUUAUUUUGGCAUUUUUAUUGAUUACUUAAUAAUACCUAAUUUCUCUCAAUUGUUUCAUUUUUCAUUCGCUUGUUUUUAACAUAUACACAAAUAUACACAUGUAUCUAUAUAAAUUAAUACUAAAACAUUAAUUAGGAUAGGAUGAACGUAAGACCUAAUGAUAAUUAGUAUUCAUUUUUUU